AUGGCAUGCGAUGGUUCAUCCGGGGAUGAUUUCCCGGACAAAGUGAUGCCCAGACCACCUCCAUGCACGUGCAACAAGAAGUGCAAGAAUAGGAGCGGCGGUUUUGUCUUCUUGGGAUUAUUCCUGCUGUCGCUGUCUUUGCAUGUUAUCACACUCGUCUGCUACCUGGACCUGCGAUCCGAAGUCCAAAGGGAAAUAUUCCACCAGAAAAGAGACUCCAUGUUGACACUGGGGGGAACGGAUCUCGCCGACCCGGCGUUCUCACCCGGUCACCAGCGAGUGGACUCCAGCAGCCGCGGAGAGGGUCAUGAGGAGAAGUUACUCUACAGACGUAGUGACUUUCAUGUCACAGAAGACAGCAGGGGCAUAACUCAGCGAGCGAAAAGGAGCCCAAGCAAACAACCAGACUCCGAAUCAACUGGAAAGGAAAGAAGGAAAGAGAAGAAAAAAGGGAGGAAAAGGUCUCCAGGGGCACAGGGCCCUCCAGGUCCCCCAGGUCCCCCUGGCCCUCAAGGGCCACCAGGCAUCCCAGGAAUUCCUGGCAUUCCUGGGAGUAAUGCUGUGGGGCCAGCAGGACCACCUGGACCCCCUGGCCCUCAGGGGCCUCCGGGCCUUCAAGGUCCCGCAGGGGUUGCCGAUAAGACCAAAACAAGGGAAUUCCAGCCAGCAGUGGUUCAUUUGCAAGGGCAAGAAACAACCAUCCAAGUGAGGGAAGAUCUGUCCGAAGGUGUCCUUCGCAACUGGAAGAUGGUGUCCAUCCAUCACCGUGUGUUUAAGAUGCACUCUCGUUCCGGGGAGCUGGAGGUGCUGCUGGAUGGUGUCUACUUCAUAUAUAGUCAGGUAGAAGUGUACUACCUCAAUUUCACCGACAUUGCCAGCUAUGAGGUGAUGGUGGACUCUACUCCAUUCCUUCGAUGCACCUGCAGCAUCGAGACGGGCCAGCGCAAGUUCAACACCUGUUACACGGCUGGUGUAAGCUUGCUGCGUGCCGGACAGAGGAUCUCCAUACGCAUGGUCUAUGAGGAUACACUAAUCAGCAUGACCAACCACACCACAUUUCUGGGAAGUGUCAGACUUGGGGAGGCGCCAUCUGCUGGACAAAACUGA